AAGGAAAAGAGUGGAGAGAGAAAAGAGAGACUGCAUUUAUUAUAUGUAGUGCUAAGUAAUAGUUUUAACGUUAGAUGAGAUGAGUAUGGAUCCCCUGUCUGCUCUGAGAGAGUUCACGAUAAGAGGCGAGUUGGAGAAGAUAGUACGCGUUAACGGCGAGUUCCGUUUCGGCGAUGAGUACUCUUUCCCAUGCUCCGUGGAGACUGCUUACCGUUCCACGAAGGGGAACCGUUACACCCUUGAAACCCUAGUCCACUACAUCAAGAACCAUCACCUCAAGCACACUGAGUAUUUCCAGAACACCUUCGCCCUUGGCAUCCCCUCCGUUACCCUCCCCGAUCGCAAACCCAUUCUCAACUACCUCCUAGGCACCCUCUCCUCCACCGAUUCCAUCGAGUACCGCCCCGAAGACCCUUCCUUCGCCGCCCCCAAUCCCCUCACACUCCCCCACUCCGAUGCCGAUCAUCACAUUCACAAAUCGGAGGACAACGACGACGAAUUCAACUUCAUCUCCACGAUUAAGUCCGUUGAGAGGCCCUUGAAGGACCGCGAGUCCUUGCUGGAGUGCAAGAAUCGCGACUUCUACAGCGUCCUCGUCGCUGCCACCAAGCGCGAGGAGGAGCGCCAGAGGAUCGAGUCUCAUCAGAGGAAGGACGGCCUUGUUGCCAAGAGUCGAUUGAUGGGUGCCGAUGAGAGGGGUUUAGGGUUUGCCGAUGAUUUGGGCUACGAUGCCACUCCCAAACCCAAGAUGCACUUGAAGGGUACCAAGGUUGGUGAAGGUGUCCCCAUAAUUUUGGUCCCCAGUGCGUUUCAAACGCUGAUUACUAUCUAUAAUGUGAAAGAGUUCUUGGAGGAUGGGAUUUAUAUACCCACUGACGUUAAGGUGAAGCAGAUGAAGGGUGCCAGGCCCGAUUGCGUCACUGUCCAGAAGAAGCUGAGUAGGGAUAGGGUUGUCACCGCUUAUGAAGUGAGGGAUAAGCCCUCUGCCCUCAAACCGGAGGAUUGGGACCGUGUCGUGGCCGUUUUUGUAUUGGGAAAGGAGUGGCAGUUUAAGGACUGGCCUUUCAAGGACCAUGUUGAUAUCUUUAAUAAAAUUACUGGAUUUUACAUGCGUUUUGAAGAUGAUAGUUUGGAGUCAGCAAAGACUGUGAAGCAGUGGAAUGUAAAGAUUAUCUCGAUUAGUAAGAACAAGCGACAUCAAGACAGGGCUGCGGCAUUGGAGGUGUGGGACAGACUAGAAGAAUUUGUACGGUCACGAUCACACUCUUGAUUUGUACCGUAUUUAGAGGUCAAUGUAUGUAAAUUUAUUUUAAGCCCCUUGUAUUAAAAUAUUAACAUUUUUUGUUGUAUAAUGAUGUUUUCUCUGGUUGAUUUGAGAUAAAUAGUUCCAAUAGUAUAUUUUGUAAAAUUAGUAUUGUCCUUUAACUGAU